UGUUGCGGAAGGCAGUUAACUCCACAAAUCCGUUGCCGUCGGUCCCAUUUCCCAAUUAACCGACUUGUAAGCGUAAAGGCGCGUGUGAAUCCCCCUCAAGAAGCCGAGAGAAUUGUGUGCAGUUUACGCUUGACAAGGAUAUUCAAAACUUCCCCACGCCAAAAUGUUCAGAUUUCUUGCACUGACCACCUUGGUGGCCCUGGCUUCCAGCCAGCACUAUCACCAGGAUCCCAAAACGGCGGCGAUCAUCAGCGAGCAGCGUUACCUCUCCGGAGAUGGAAAAUUCGGAGCCGCCUACGAGCAGGAGGAUGGCAUCAACUUCAAGGAGGAGACGGAUGCCGAUGGAACACGUCAUGGCAGAUACAGCUAUCUGGAUCCCACGGGCGAGAGGCGUACCAUUUCGUACACAGCUGGCAAAAAUGGCUUCCAAGCUUCUGGAGAUCACUUGCCCCAGGCACCACCUGCUCCACCACAGCCCGUGCCCACAGCGGGAUAUCAGCCACAGCAGCAGUACCAGCCGCAGCAGUACCAGCCGCAACAGUACCAGGCUCCUGCUCCCCAGCCUCAGUCCACUUUCCGCAGCAACGACUACGGAGAUGAUGGCUCCUACGAUCCCCGCUACAACGAUCCCUCCUUCGGCCAGAACCAGCAGACCUACCAGCAGCCCGCUCCUCAGCCGCAGUACCGUCCUGCCCCCCAGCCCGCCUACAUCCCACAGCCCGUGCAGCCGCAGCAGCAGUACCAGCCCCAGUAUCAGCAGCCACAGCGCCAGCAGGAGUACUACACCACCACCACCCCCAACCCACACCGCUUUUCGCCCCCCGGAAAACUGUCCCUGAACCGCACGCCCGAUGGCUUCACGUACUCCUUCAACAAGGUCUAAGCCCCACUAUUCCCCCCACUCAGACAUUAUGCAUCUUCUUCAUUAGGAACCCUCUUUUCGUUUCCAACUUUCCCUAUCACAACUAGAAGCCCUACUCUUUUCUUGACUCCAUCAAACUCUCGUGUGAUAUGUUUAAGAGCAAUUGUAUCGUACUUCCUAUUUGCGUACUGUUUGUUAGUAAUUUAUAAUCCUACACAGAGAAAAUUAAUCGCUGCUACCCAAGGGGUAUUGCUGACUUAAAUUACAAAAUAUAUUCAAAAUGUCAUAUGUAUACUUUUGAAAUAUAAAAAAACUUAAGAAAU